AUGGCGGAUUCUGCGACGGGCAGGUGGACCACCCACGCCAUCCAGCCCUGUCUACCGGAGUGGGUAGACAGGCGAGGACGAGGACUUGAGUUCCACCUGACACAGGUACUCACCGGGCACGGUUGCUUCGGUGACUACCUGUGCAGGAUUGGUAGGGAGCGUACGACGAGAUGCCACCACUGUGCGGCCGGUCGGGACUCGGCGCAACACACUCUCCAAGAGUGUAGCGCAUGGGACGAGGAGCGUCGGGUCCUGACCGCAGUGGUCGGCGGAGACCUCUCCCUGCCAGCAGUGGUUAAGGCCAUGCUGGAGGGAGAGGAAAAAUGGAUGGCCGUCUCCUUCUUCUGCGACAGC